UUACAUGCACAACAUGCUUGUGGAAGCGCUAGAGUGCAAGUGUAUGUUAAUUACUACACGAAGUGACAUGGAUUCGGCUUCGUGACGUCAGCUGACUGUACCGUGGACUGAUGGACAACUGGGACAACAGGACAUGAGAACUUUGUUACAGUAAACUAUACUGGACUUUGACUGGGUUUGGAGUGAUUGUGCUUGACGUUCUUUAAACAGCCAUGGUCAAUUAAUGACGAGCAAGGUUUUAAUAUCGGAGGAAAGCCGGAGUACCUGGAGAAAAAAACACCUACCUGCGGAGGGUACCUUACGACUUCCCCACAUAGGCCUCGAACCCGCGACCCAGUGUACGAGGGAAACUUCCCGUGCAAUUCGUCUACAAUGAACAUGGAUCCGAUGUCGGGACAAGCUGUGACCAUGCCGCCUCAGAUGGCGACGUCCGUCACAAACAUUGUAGUGACCACGCAGCCACAGACCAACGGCCUGAUGGUCACGGGUCUUACCGGACACCGACACUGGUCAACAGGACUGUUCGGGUGCUUUGAUGACAUACCCUCAUGCCUGCUGACGUGCUUCUGUAUGCCGUGUAUGGAGUGUAAAACGGCCAGUCGUAUUGGCGAGUGCUGCUGCAUGCCUUAUUGUGUCAUGGGAGGAAGUCUGGCCAUGCGAACUAAGAUCAGAACUGUAGGAGGCAUACAGGGGUCCGUCUCGAAUGACUCCAUGACUCUUUGCUGCUGUGGACCCUGCGCUACGUGCCAGAUGGAUCGCGAGCUAACCAAUAUGGGAGUGCUGUGAGGACUGUGAUACUGACAAAGACGCCAUUAUACUUGGAAUUUUGUAUAUAUUGAAAGAGACAAUAAUUAUCUUUUUUUCUCUCACUAGCUUUGACAUCGUCUUACCUGUUUUUAUACUCAUAAACUUGGUAAAAGGCUGUAUUUUUUCAUCCAAGACGUUUUCAAAACUGUCAACAUUUUCCCCACGAAUGAGGUUGUAGUAGCAUGUGAUUAUCGUUUCAGCUGAGUUUGAAAACAAACAGGACGAAAAAAGUGGGUCAGCGUUGUGCAUAUCAUGAUGCAGUUGCGAUUAUGUCAAUAGUAGUUUGAUGUUUUGCACUUUAUUUAUAGACGCUACAAAGUAAUGCAAAUGUUAUAUUAUGUUUAUAUUCCAUAGAAAAUGGUUGAUAACUCGUGGAAAACCCUACUUAUUCGGGAUUAUUUACAUAUUGAUAUUGUUGAUAUUGGUGAAGUUAAUCACAGAUAUUACCUUCCCUGGGGCUCUGGUAUAUGGUCGAUGGAAAAUUAUAAUUCGCUAAUUUCUGCUUUCCAGUAGGAGACACAAAUGAAAGUUAGGAUUAAAUAAACUUUAAGUUUGAAUAUCCUUCUCAUUUCGAUGUAAAGCUUGUCGUGUUUGUAUGUUUUAACUUAAAAAGUGAAUCAUCAAUCAAAGAUUUUUUUCUAAUAAAAUGUAUUCUAAAUACAUCAGCUCUA